AUGUAAAGCAAAAAAUAGAAAGUGCCAAACUCAGUAUUGUUUGACAUUCUCACUUAUUUAGACUACAAAGAUUUGUUCUGUAAAGGAAUGAAUACACUUUGCAAGUCAAUUUCUUACAGCGAGUACUUUACAGAAUACAUUUAUAGUACCAUGGUUAUGAGAAAACUAGGUAUCAUUGAGGAUAUUUAGUUUGAGAUAGACUACUACAGAAGUGUUAUGGAUAUCAAAGAGCAAAUAUCUAUUGACCAAGUCUAGUUAAACUAUAGAAGGAGAGAGAAGCAAGUUUAUCUUGAUUACUUUAGAAAUUACCCUAGGAAAAAGUCUAAAAUAUAAUACUUGUUUGGCUAUCAAUCAAUUGGAGGUUUAGAGGAAUAAAGUUUUGAACAUCCUGAAGAUAGGAUUGGUGGCAUCAUUCAUUUAUUUGUUGACAGUGAUGAGGUUUAUUGUUCAUCAGAUAAAUGUGAUCCCUGUAUUACCUCAGGAAUCUUUUUUGAAGAGCCUAAAGUCGAUUUUGAUGAGUGGGAGUAUUUUAUAUAAGUUUUUGACAGAAUAAACGAAAUCAGUAAAGCCAUUGGCUAUAAAGUAUUAGAUUAAAAUGAUAAUGAAAACUAAGAAUAACAUAAUCAGAGAUUAUUAAACAUGGCUAGAAGAUGCAAUUUCAUAGAUUUUAGACUCAAGCGUAGACUUAUCGAUGGAAUUAAGGAGAACAUAAUAACUAAUUCUAGAUUUGCUCUUCCUCUUGCAGCCUUAAUUAGAGAGUUGAUUUUUAAAAGUACUAAAAACUUACCAACUAAAAAUGCUCAGGAACUAAUAUAAUUAGACAUCAAAUUUCACAAAAUACUUUCAGCAAAUUAACUGUACAGCUUCCAUCGAAUGUACAUUGUUAAUAAGGGUCCAUUCACCUGUCCUGCAAGAUCAUUUUUUGUAUUUACACACAACUAGGAUAACAUUGACUUGAAAAAUCACCCACUUGUACAAUAUCUAAAAGAUGUUAAAACUAAAGACCAGCUUAUCUAAAAAUUAGUAAACAGUAAGGCUGAUUAAGCAAUGAUAAAGACACUUCUACCCAAUCAUUUUGAAAUCACAGGUAGACAAUAUGAUUUGGUGGAAUUCGGACACAGCUUUUAUUAUGAUAAAUUCUAGGAGAAAUAAGCUGUUGAUUCAUUGAGAGAACUAGAUGAUUACAGAUUAAGACUUUGUGCCUUUGCUGAUUUGAAAGAAUGCCAGAAGUAAUGGAUACCAUUCAGCUAAUUCUUUUCUGGCAGAUAUGUAAGUGUGAUGUUCACAGAUAGAGUGAUUAACGAAGAUACAGAUGAAUAUCUCAACUAUGAUGUCUAGACUAUAUAUUUUGAUGGUUUAAUCAUACCAAGUCUAUUGAACUUUUAAUUGUGA